AUGAUCCGACGAGACGCCACCAACGAAGAGCUACGCCAUCAUAUCGGGAACUAUCUCAAGAUGACUGAGGGAGACAAGGACGAGAUGGAAGGAGUGGUCGGUAACCUCGAGGAUAUACAGCACAUGAUCAAUGAGGAUACCAUGCAGUCAUGGCGGCCUCAGGUCAUGGACAUCCAAUACCUGUAUUCUCUCUGUGGGAAGAACGACUGCGGUUAUAAAAUGCUGCACUUGGCUACCUGGACUGGGGAAGCUCUCGGUCUCGUCGGUGAAAGGAAGCCGAUUCUGUCGAGCAGGGAUUUCCCAGAGGAUAUGGACGCGUCUCUCAGACGCACUGCCUGGGGCUUGUUUCAGAUUGAUACGGUCGUCCACACCGGCUUCUUACGUGCGAGUCUAAUAACCCAGGUUAACCUCGAUCGACCUGACAGACAUGAUCACAAGACUUGUUGGUUACCCUAUCCCAUCAACGGAGGCGCGAAGGAAUCAUUCCUUAGUGAGUACUUCGACAUAUCUUGCAAUCUAAGUGAGAUUGCGCGGGACAUGUCCCAGAGUCUUUUUGCGAGCGACAGAAGAGAGCUAGCUGCAUUGGAACAGAUCAAGAUUAAAGAGGUCUUGUUUCGAAGGCUGCGUGACUGGACGGAGGGACUACCUGCCCACUUCAAGAGAGACGACGAUGUGGCGCCGUACGUCCUCGUGAUGAAAAUGCGAUACCACACUCUCGUCAUCAUCCUUCUACUCUUCCGCGCCGAAGACGAAAUCCUGGGCCCCGCCGUGGAGGGCCUCAAAACCCCAGAAAGCCUGACGAGUCCCAGCCCACUGCUCGACUGCAACAAGCGCGACACAACCGAGUCGGCUGCCAGGGCCAUUGCGACCCUAGUUCAUAUCCAGCGCGGAAAUUUCGGCUUUGCUCACGCCCACCAUUUCUCCAUCUACGCCAUUAACCUGGCCCUCUUCGUGCUGGUCGAGAGACAGAGCAGAUUCGACAUUCUAGACGACGUUUUCCUCUUCCUUGCAACGGCGUUCGCGAACAUAGCCAGCCGGUCCCAGCUAGGGCGGAAUCUAUUUCAUCUCUUCAGGCUGAAUGUCCGCGCCAAGUGCCAGGGUAGUCGAAUCCGCUACUCCCCUGUGGUAAAUGUCGAGAUGAAAACGCUUUUUGACGAGGAAUGCACAGCACGAUCGACUUGCGACGAGUAUGCGAAUGGUCUGGAGAAGUUAGACACGGACGAGCGAUAUCGUGUGCUCGGGCAGCACCGUCUGUCUGACAUGCUUGAUCGCUAUGAGACUCUGAGUUCCGGUAAGGAUGACAUAGUGCGAGGGAGGUGUUACGAUUUGUCCUAA